GUGCUGAAGAGUGCCGUAUCUCUCCUAGCAGCCACGCUUGAAGCACAGCGAGAGGAAACUGCGUAUUUCACCUCUCGGUUUAUAUUAUCUUCAUCUCUUGUAAAUUUAAGGCUUUGCUGUCUCUCGACUUAUUCGGAGCAUUUACAUUACAGGUUAGCCACUAUGGAGCUGUACAAUAAAGACACCUUUUCUGACGAUAUCCUGCCUGUUGUCAUUGUUGGUAAUGGACCAUCCGGGAUUUGUCUUUCUUAUUUGUUGUCGGGAUACACCCCUUACCUUUCCCCCGAUGGUUUCCAUCCCAACCAGAUUUUGCAUGACAAACUGACAAAGAACCCUCAUCUGUCUUUGUUUGACCAGGAUCUGGAGUACUUGUGUGAGGGUGUAGAGGGCCGCUCAUCCAACCCUGUGGCUGUGCUCUUCGAUGCCCUCCUCCUUCCAGAUGGUGACUUUGGGGUGGAUUGUGCUUCCCCACUGAUAUGGAGACAUGAGCCGGAAAGGGCCACACCGCACCUCGUACUUGGAAAAGGACCACCUGGAGGGGCCUGGCAUGCGAUGGAAGGCUCAAUGUUGACUCUCAGUCUGGCUAACUGGAUGGAGCUUCCUGGUUUGAAGCUGAAAGACUGGAUGAGAGAUAAACGAAGGAAUUUACGUAAUGACCGGGCUACUCCUGCUGAGAUUGCCUCAUACUACCAGCACUACGUGACAAAAAUGGGUCUGGAGAAGAGUUUCGCUUGUGGCACCACUGUAACCUCAGUUUCUCGAGUUUCCCUUAAAUCCGGUCGCUCCAUAUGGAAGAUCCAAGGCCUCCAGAGAAGAGCAAAUGUUAAUGAAGAACAUGAAGUCCCUUUCUCUGUGUAUGCCGAGAACGUGGUGCUUGCAACAGGAACGCAUGACAUUCCAGCUCGCCUUGGCGUAGAUGGUGAAAACCUUCCCUAUGUGUGCCACAGCUUCUGGGAGCUGGAGGCUGCCAUCUCUUCAGGCCGCUUGGACCGUGCUUCAGAGCCGGUUCUUAUUGUCGGCGCUGGGUUAACGGCAGCAGAUGCUGUUCUCGCAGCUCACCACUUAAACACACCGGUUUACCAUGCCUUCCGGCGGCCGGUAAGCGAUCCAGCGCUCAUCUUCAACCAGCUACCCAAACUCCUCUACCCAGAGUACCACAAAGUGCAUCAAAUGAUGAGCCAACAGCAACACAAAGUUGGAGAGACUGUGGAAAAUCUGUCCAACCAACUGCUCUCGUCGCCUGCAGACGGCACCAGUUCUUACACCUGCUACCCAGGUUACCUCAGUUUCCCAAAGCACCGUGUGGCAGCAUUCAAACCUGAUGGCAAGUGUGUGCUGGAGGGCGAAGGAGGGCUGCAGACGGUGCUCCAAGUCUCAAUGGCACUCGUUUUGAUUGGUGCCCAUCCAAACCUGUCUUUCCUUCCAGAACACGGUCGCGAUUUGGCGUUGGACUCGGAAGAGCCAAUCAGCUGUCGGCGGAAUCCGAUGGAUGUAGAUCCGUACACUUAUGAGAGCAUAAAGGAGGCAGGGUUGUAUGCCAUGGGUCCAUUAGUGGGUGAAAACUUUGUGCGCUUCUUGAAAGGUGGAGCUUUGGCCAUUGCUUGUGACAUUGCGCGGAAGCAGAGUGCAAAACGACAAAGUGCGACAGAGAACUGCAUCACCAGCUUGAUGAACAUUCAGCUCACCAACUGCACCUUGGAAGCGUGAAAAGAUUUUAAUUAUUCUUUGUGGGACUUCCAAAGUCCACAAACUGACUUCUAAAUGCGAUUCUGCACCAAUGAAUGGUUAAACCAAUCAGCAAUGGGCUGAGACUGUUCCGA